AGAAGUACAGGGGCUAAAUGCAAAAGGAGACCAAAAAUAACUUAUUACUUAUGAGAUGUGGAACUGAGAAAUAAAGAGAGUGAAACAAAGGGCAUCCACUCAAUGGGAUUUUGAAAAGGAGAAGGAAGCAGAGGAGAAAGGGGAGAAAGGGAAGAGUGACGGGAAAAGUUAUAAGGGGACAUCUGUGAGAAAAGGAGAAAAUACCUAAAGAAAGCUGACGCUCAGCAGAGGUAAUAGGAGAUGAAAUGAAGAGAUGAAGAUUACAACCUAACGUGAGAGAUUUCUUCACAACUCACAGGAACCAUGGGAUGUGGAUGCAGCUCUGAGUAUGAAGAUGACUGGAUUGAAAAUUUUGAUGUGUGUGAACACUGCCAUCUUCCUAGGGAAAAGACUGAGCUUAUCUCAUGCUUUGAUAAGGACCCCUUGGUUUCAUACACAGGCCAAAAUCCACCCAGUUCUCCACUGCAUGAUAACCAGGUGGUGGCCUUGUAUAAUUAUGAGCCUAUGCAUGCUGAAGAUCUGGGGUUUGAGGCAGGAGAGAAGAUGCACAUUUUGGAGCAGAAAGGAGAAUGGUGGAAGGCUAAGUCUCUCAGAACAGGACAGGUGGGAUUCAUACCACAUAACUUUGUGGCAUCCGAAAAUGGCAUUGAAUCUGAACUGUGGUUUUUUAAAGAUUUGGGUAGAAAAGAUGCAGAACGACAGCUUCUGGCUCCUGGAAAUCAACAGGGAUCCUUCCUAGUGAGGGAGAGUGAGACUAACAAAGGUUCCUACUCUCUUUCUGUCAGAGAUCUAGAUCAAAAUCACGGUGAGGUGGUGAAACAUUACAAGAUUCGAAAUCUGGACAGUGGUGGAUUUUACAUAUCUCCUAGAAAAUCUUUUCAAACGCUACAAGAACUGGUGCAGUUUUACAGGCGUUCCUCAGAUGGGCUGUGCACCCUUUUGAAAGAGCCAUGUCAGACUCAACGUCCUCAAAAACCAUGGUGGGCAGAUGAAUGGGAAAUACCCCGCAACAAUUUGCAAUUGGUCAAAAAGCUGGGUGCUGGGCAGUUUGGUGAGGUGUGGAUGGGCUACUAUAAUGGACACACAAAAGUUGCCAUAAAGAGCCUCAAAUCUGGUACCAUGUCACCAGAAGCCUUCUUGGCUGAAGCUAAUUUAAUGAAACAGUUACAGCACCCACGAUUGGUUCGUUUAAAUGCUGUUGUAACUCAGGAGCCCAUAUAUAUUGUGACAGAGUACAUGGAGAAUGGUUGCCUUGUGGAUUACUUAAAAACCUCAGAAGGUCUCAAAUUAACCAUCUAUAAACUAAUAGAUAUGUCUGCUCAGGUUUCAGAGGGAAUGGCUUUCCUAGAGCGCAAGAAUUACAUCCACCGGGAUCUGCGAGCUGCCAAUAUUCUCGUAUCUGAGUCUCUGUGUUGCAAGAUAGCUGAUUUUGGACUGGCUCGAAUCAUAGUGGACAAUGAGUACACAGCUAGAGAAGGAGCCAAAUUUCCUAUUAAAUGGACAGCCCCUGAAGCCAUAAAUUAUGGGACUUUCACCAUUAAAUCAGAUGUGUGGUCAUUUGGUGUACUGCUGACUGAAAUUGUCACUUAUGGAAGAAUUCCGUACCCAGGCAUGACUAAUCCAGAGGUCAUAGAAAAUCUGGAACGAGGGUAUCGUAUGCCUCAGCCAGACAACUGUCCUAUGGAAUUGUAUGAGCUUAUGGUUCGUUGUUGGAAGGAAGAGCCUGAAGAAAGGCCUACAUUUGAAUUUCUUCGAUCCUUGCUUGAAGAUUUCUUCACAGCUACUGAGGGCCAAUAUCAGUCUCAGCCAUAGAAAGGCUGUUCUUACAAUGCACGUCAGAAAACAAACUGAUACCAGCUUUAUGGGUCAUAUAAACCCCAGCCUUCAAUAAGGAGUAACCAAGGAACCCCCAAAAUAGUUCUGAGCUGGUACUGUCUGAUAAGUUGGCACCUUAGUACCACUCUGGAUUUGGUACUUACAGCUAUAAUUUUGGCAGACCAAAGAAAAUGAUGCCCACUGUGCCCUCUGAAAACAGCAGGUGACUGUAGGAAUCAUUUUAUGUCAAAACCAUGCAAAAAACUAACUAUAUAUCAAAUGAAAAAACCCAUAAGAAAUGUCGUUCUGCACACUUAAGCUUAAUUAUGAAUAAUAUAUGUCACUUGUACAGAGCAUCGAACAACGGUGGACCCUUUACCACAUUACACUGAAACAGACAUAUGAUUUGGGAUGAAUAGAUUAAAUGUAAAUUUAUUCAGCCAGUGUUUUUUUGGAAGUCUACUUCGUCAGGUGAAUAUAAUCGUCAGAUCCUCCACCCUCAUCCCAACAGAUAACGUAAUUAAUACAUUUCUGCUCAGAACGGGGGAAGAUAUAACAAACUGUUUAAAUAACAAAAAAGCAUAUGGAAAACAUCAAAAUCAUCCUCCUGAACUACAAUUUAAAAAGAUAGUUUAACGUAACUAGAUGCUUUUAUUAUGGGAAAGCUAUACCCCCAUAUUAAAUACUUAACCAACAAAUGUUAUAGUAAGAGGAGGCCUUUAAAAAUUCUCACCAAACUGGAAUAUCAGUAAAUAUUGCUUUUUACAUCUU